AUGCUCCUGCGUGGUCUGCAGCGCAUUGCUCCCCACUUGGGACGUACCAACCUUUCGGCUUUCUCCUCGUCGCCCAAUUUGUUUACUCCAUCUCGCUCCGUGUCUAGCACCAGUGAUACCUCUCGCCUCCAUAGUUCUUCCAGCCAGACCGCCGGCAUCUCCGGAAGCAUGCGUAAGGCGAACAGCCCUUCGAACCACGGCGAAUGCCACUACUCCCCACUGCCCCUGAUCUGCGCCACCCAAGCCAGUCCCACGACCGUUGAGUCGCCUCCUUCCUCCCCACCCUCAAUAGCCAACCGCUCUUCCAGCCAACCCCAUAUUCCCUGUACUCCCGGCGACGCAACUUUGAUAGUACCUCAGCUGACUUGCCGGUCCACAAGCCCUCCGGCUAUCUUGCUCCCCUCCACCUCUUCCUCCUCGUCGAGUCCUCUUCUUCCGACAUGCCACUAUAGCAUCCAGCCUCCGUCUGCCAGCAACCAAGCGACUUUCUCGUCUGCCUCAUCGCUUUGGCUGGUCAAAGUGGAUACCGACGAUAAAGGCAUCCAACAGGGCGCCAACGAGUACCAGCUGGUUGGCCGCCUGUCGCCAUGGUCUUCAGGGUAUGUCACUCCUGAGGCUCCUGGAGUCUCUGCGGCCUCGUCCACCCUCACUGUGACCAACAUGCCUGACUGCAUUGGUCGUGGGAAUUCUCUGAGUGGCCUUAAGACCGCGACCCUCUCUGACCACUCUCUUAACCGUUCCAACCUCAUGUCCUCAUUGCUUUCUCCUGUGCCUUGGAUACCAAUCAUUCCAGCAUCCAGUUCCUUAACUUUCUCCACCCUGGAUACAAGUAUGAGGUCGGCGAGCUACCAAGACCUUGGCUCCGAAUGCAAAGAAAAAGAACCUAUUAUUCUUUCAGAGGUAGGUAUCACGAUACCGAGCAGUCACAACGCAAUUUAUUAUCAUUUUUAUCAGUUUUAA